AACGCGCUCCAGCGGCUAUUUUCUUCGCCGCUGCCAAUCGACUGUCAAAAAAAAAGAUUGCGUUCUGCAACUACUUGUCUCUCCCCCAUCAAUUAACACGAAAAUACAAAUUUUUCGCAAAAAUUCAAAUCCACAUCCCCAAGACUACAUCAUCAAAACUCAAUUAAAACCAACCGCAACUCCCGAGCAACCCAAAUUCCCAUCAAAUCACAACAAAAUUAAAUCGAAGAACUUUUUUAAAAAAUCACAAUUUGCAAAUCGUGUCGUCGUCGCCUAAAGACCAAAGACGAAAAAGUCUGUCUCGCGAAAGAAAAUUGACUCCGUGGAUUCAUUCGUUUUCGUUUUCUCGUUUUGUACUCGAAUCGAACCCAACGAAUACGAAAAAUUGUGUGUUAAAUUCUCGGCACUCGGCGGCACAGGCACCAAGCUUACAUAUAGAAAAAUUUCCAUGGAAAAAAAUUAAUUCACGGAAAAUAAAUCGAAAUCCACGGAAAUCGGAAAAGGACUCGAAUUUGGCAGCCAAGUGUUCCAAACAAAUCGGAUUCAAGAAUUUUUUGUUAAUUUACUUUCGUUUCGGGGGGGAAAACUAGAAUUUCCUGUUUUAAUAAAAAUUUUUAUUAUAAUUCGAUUUUUCUUCUUUGCUUUUUCGAUCGACAAGGAAAAAUUGUUGCGAAAAUUUUCUUCUGCAUUCAUCGUCGUUGUCGUUGCUCGUCGUCGUAUUCGUGGUCGUAGUGGAAAGUCGUAUUCGUUGUCGUCGUUAUAUCGGUGUCGCGAGUGUUUGAGGAUUUGUGUUUCCGUGUGAGUUGUGUAGCUGGCUGCUGGCACUGGCAUCCAUCCCUGUUCCCUCGUUUUGUUGUGAACUGAACAUUGACAUCGUGGUGGUGCUCCUUUUGCUUUUUGGGCAACAGCAGCUCUUUACGACAGCGACUUUAACGGACACGGAUUGUCAAUGCGUGCAUCAGCUUCGGCCGCCUCGUGAUUGCCACCAUCAUCAUCACCAUUUUCGCCUACCAACAACAGUGACGACAGCAAAAUGUCUGAAAUUAAGCGAGUCGGCUUCACCACCAUCAGCAGUAGCGUCAGCAGCAAUAUUGGUACUGGCAGCGUCAGUGGAAACGGCUCUGGUGCACCUUCGCUGUCUGCAUCUGGAGGAAACGGAGCCAUCUCAGCGAUGGCAAUGGCGACUUCGAGUGCGGCGCUCCAUAGGUUUGGUGUGCCGGAUCCAGUGACGUCACAGAAGUCCGGCAGCAGUAUUACAGCAGCUGGAUCGACGGGAACGGGAGCGGGAACGACGGGGACGUCAAAGCAAAACAAGACCAUCCGCCUCAAUAUGGAACUGUUCGCCUCCAAUUCGAACUCCUUCCCGGAAUUCAACUACUCCAAGUUGAUUCAUUUGGAAAAGAAAAAGCUGAAGAAGCUUAAAAACAACAAACAAAAUGGGUUUUCGGAUCCAUUUGAAGACAACGAUGAUGAUGUUGCUCGAAUAGCUAAAGAAUUAGAAAAGAAGUACGGAACUGCCUAUGCCAGUGGAAGAGGCCGAAGCAAAAAGGACGAUUUCUGUGAUAUCGGCCUUGGAUAUGAUGAAAAUGACUCCUUUAUUGACAACACAGAAGCGUACGAUGAAAUUAUACCAGAAGAGGUUGAGACUGUGGAAGGAGGUUUUUAUAUUAAUUCCGGUGCAUUAGUAUUCAAGCACCUUUCGAGUACGGAAAAAACAGAUGAAAUAAUCAAAAUGCCAAACAAAACACGAAAGAGAGCAUUAUCGUCAUCUUCAGAAGAAUCUGGAUCGUCUGACGAUGAAAAAGAUGGCGACAAAGAAACCGAUGGACCAACAGCAAUAACCGCAGCAUCAACUUCCGCAGUUGCCAAUCCCCAACAAAGUGCAGCUUCUAAAGUGAGCACUAGUAGUAGUAGUAAGCAAAAGACUGCCCUUCAAUCGGAGAAACGCCAUAAGACCUCUUCCGACAAGGAGAGCAGCGAUAAAGAGAAAUCAUCAAAGAGUAAAUCAUCAGCAGCAAGUUCAACAGCAACAUCGUCAGUUAACUCUUUGGCCUCUGGAUCGCCCAAGAAUGAAGACAUACUUUCAGAACCAAGCUCAAAAGACAAAGAUAAAGACAAGUCGCGUGUGGAUCGAACGGUUAAGACAACAACUGUAAAAGAUAUGCUCAAAGCAAAGAGAGAUAAUUUCCUGAAGAUGCAAGAAGAAGAACUGAAGACUAAAACAUCAAAUGGCGAUGCUAAGGCUGCAACAUCCACCGAAGAUGCGUCAGGGUCUGACUCGUCGAGCGACGAAAGUGACUCAACUCAAGAACCCAAUGCAAAGAAGUUAAAGAAAGGCUCUGAAGAAGAUAGUGAUAAAUUGCGUCCCAGCGAUACAGCGUUACCAGACCUUGCCGAUGAACUUUUGAGGGACGUACAAAACAUAAAAGAUACUGCCAAAGCUAGUAAUCGGACUGGCAAAAAAUUCCAAUUUGAUGAAAAACUUACUGAUAUAUUUUUGAGUGUUGACGAAAGAUGUUUGUGUUUGGAUAAAAAUAUUAGAAAUAAUGUUUUUGCGCAUUUGGAAUAUCAACUUUCACUGCCCAAAUAUUUUCUAUUGCGAAAAGCUAAGCAAUUGCGAAUCAAUCAAGAAAAGACAAAAACCAAAAAGGCUUUUGUGAAACUUCGAAAGGCAGUCGCUGAAAUUAUGCAAAGUAUUAAUCAACAGUAUCAGGCAAAUGUAACAAAAUACGAAGAGUUUCAAUCUCUUCAUCCUGGAGUGGACGUACAUAAGUUAGAGAAUGCUCCUAAAAUGCCUAAAAAGAGAUUCCAAUGGAAUGAUAAUUCAAGGACUCUACUGUAUGAUCUCUAUCAAGUGCGUUGGAUGUCGUUUACAGUUCUGCGUACCCGAAAAGAAUCAUUCGAAGAUUUUGUUACCAACUUCCUUAAAGACAAAGUCAUCAAUAUUUGGCCAAGUGGUUGGAUGAAAUUGGACGAGCUGAAGCGAGAAAUCGAAAAGAAGAAGAACGCACCUAAAAAACUAAAAGAGAACAAAAAACCCGAUGAAUCUCGAACAGCACUCAGUUCGACGGAAAAAUCACAAUUACUCAAUCAAGAAUCGGCUGUUUCCACAAGCAGCAAGUUAUCAAUCAACACCACUGACAACCAUGCAACGGCGUCUUCAAGUGAAUCCUCAAACGCCGCCAAUCUUAAACCAAAUGAUAUGACGAAACUGUUGCCGACGGCAGCGCACAGUAAUGCUUCUGCUGAGCACUUGCAUUCAUCGAAGGCUUACUCCUCGUCCUCCGGAAAAUUGCAUCGUUCGUCGACGAGCAGUCCAUUGAACCUUUGCAGUGGCCAAAGUCAAAGCGGCUCGAAGAGUGAUAAAUCCGCAAGUGGAUCUGUAACCAAUAACAACAAUAACGCCAAUCCAAACCAAAAUCUAAAUAGCAAUAGAUCAUCCACCGGCACCGGUAUUGUAAAUAUUUCCAAAAACCCUAUUGAUCUGGUUUCUCCCUCCAAACGAACUGAUCACAGCAUAAACAGCAUAAUGUCAUCGCCAUCGUCAACUUCCUCGUCGGUAUCCACCACUCCGCAGCCGCAACAUUCCGCCGGUUAUCUGGGUAACUCACUGAAUGUGGACAACAACACCCACGUGAUUAAUAUUGAUAACUUCAAAUCCGCCUCUGAGAUUAUCAAUACGUCCAACCAGCUCAUCAACCACACCACCGGCAAGUCGCAUUCGCUGAACGAACGUCAAAAAGGAGGUCGAUCAUCUGGUCUCGAUAUAAAUUCGCACAACCACUCACCGUUGAAGGCGGAAUUCAUUCGUCGGGACAGUAGUAGCGAGUCGGAUGGUGUUGAGAUAGUAGGUGUCUACCAAGCUCGCAGUAGUUCCCACUCACUGCCCAUUGUCAGCAAGAACAAAUACAAGAAAUCAAGCCAUCACGGAAGUCGAAGCGAUUCACCAGGUUUGCAUGACAAACUCAAGACUGCCACCACUGUUCCCAAGAAAUCACUCGAAUGCACGGACUUAGAUGUAAAUAAAAUAAUGAAAGCUCUAAAAGAGCUUGAGGAGCUGCAACAAACUGGCAACUUUGUGCCUGACAUAUCGGCUUUUACGAACAGUAAUCACAAUGCAAACACAUCACCACUUGCCUACGGAAAGGACUUGACCCAAUGACAAGAGUAUUAUAACCCCACGACAGCUGUUCUACUCUCAUCACUCUAUGAGAACUUUUCCUCGCGCCUUUAGGGCACGAACCAGUCACAUGGCCCCUUUCAAUAGAGGCAACCUACGAUUAAUGCGUCCGCAAAAGUCUAACAACCAACCCCCAUCCCCCAAAUUAUUUUUGUUUAGAGUUAGUUUCUAUCUAUAUCCUAUACUUUCAGAGUUUGUGAUUUUCUUUUUCUUAUAAUUUAUAAUUAACCGCAUACAAAUUAUACAUGAAUUUCGCAUUCCUUUCGCAUACCCAAUUAUUAUUAUUUAUUUUAUUGUUUUGGUCCUUGUUGCGUUGGAAAAAUCUAGAAGAAUAGAGAAAAAGAAAAAAAUGUUUUUAGUUAUAUUUCCGUGAGCAUCUCGCUUUAAAAAUAUGUUUGUUAUAUCAAGAGAAAAUUAAUUAAUUAUUAUUUAAAAAUAAAACAAAUUUAUAAGAUUAUAUUAUACAAAGAAAAAAUGAUAAAAAAUAAAGAGAAAAACAACAAAAAGAAAACAAAUUGUAAAAGAGAAAAAGAAACCACUUCUUCAACUAUGUAAAAUGUUAUGAAAAUUAUUUACUAAACAUUAAUACAUUUUGUAAAGAUAUUUAUAAUUUAAGGAAUAAAACAUUUAAAUGCAUUAAUCGUUUCCGAUGUUCCCAAAAGACAAAAGUUAUUUUGUUCAAAAGGAAAAAGAAAAAAGUAAUUCUUGUCUGAAGGCAAACAAGCAGCACUUAAGUACUCCCAAGAAGAAAUGUAACGUAGGACUAUAUCAAAUAUUUUGUUAAUAAAUUGUCCAUGGAGGUGUAGUACAUUGUAACCAUGUAA